AUGCAGCGGAAGUCGUCCUUCUCGCUCCUCUCCGAGGAGGUGACGCGCCCCAAACCGCAGGGAGUGACGCGCCCCAAACCACAGGGAGCAUCUGAUAAGCUCUGGAAGCUGAUGAAGCAUUACGAGGCGAACGACCCCGAGUCCAUCCAGAAGUCCUUUGCGCGCCACCUUGAAUACUCGCUGGCGUGCACCCGCUUCAGUUACACCAUGGAGGACGCUUACCGUGCUGCCGGCCUCGUUCUGCGCGACCGUCUGAUGGAGUCCCUGAACGACACGAACGACUGGUACGAGAAGCAGGACGUGAAGCGCGCGUACUACCUGUCCGCGGAGUAUCUGAUCGGCCGCCACAUGCAGAACGCCAUCGCCAACCUCGACUUGGAGCAGCCCUUCAAGGACGCCUUCAUGGAUCUCGGGAUGAAGCUGGAGGACCUGACCGAGCAGGAGGACGACCCCGCCCUGGGCAACGGCGGCCUCGGCCGCCUGGCCGCCUGCUUCCUGGACUCCAUGGCCACGCUGUCGCUGCCGAUCUGGGGCUACGGCAUCCGCUACAGCUACGGCAUGUUCAAGCAGUACAUCGAGAACGGCCGGCAGGUCGAGCGCCCCGACUUCUGGCUGGGGAACGGGUGCCCCUUCGAGAUCCCGCGGCCGGACACGAUCUACCCGGUGCGCUUCGGGGGUCACACGGAGGAGGGCGCCGACGCCAGCGGCAACUUCUGCAUCAGGUGGGUGGGGGGCGAGAUCGUCCAGGCCAUGGCCUACGACAACCCCAUCCCAGGGUUCGACACCUUCAACACCAACAGCCUGCGCCUCUGGCGUGCCCUGCCCUCCACGGAGUUCGACCUCGACUCGUUCAGCGACGCCAAGUUCACCGACGCGGUGGAGGCGCGGCGCCGUGCCGAGGACCUCUCGGCCGUGCUCUACCCGAACGACGCGACGUACGAGGGCAAGGAGCUGCGCCUGCGGCAGCAGUACUUCUUCGUCAGCGCCUCCCUGCAGGACAUCCUGCGCAGGUUCAUGAAGCGCCCCAACUUCAAGUGGGAGGAGCUCCCCGAGAAGGUCGCCGUGCAGAUGAACGACACCCACCCCACCAUCGCCGUCGUGGAGGUCAUGCGCCUGCUCGUGGACGUGAAGCAGGUGCCCUGGGAUCAGGCCUGGGAGUUGACCAAGAAGUCCCUGAAUUACACCAACCACACCGUCAUGCCCGAGGCCCUCGAGAAGUGGCCUGUGGAGAUGAUGGAGCGGCUGCUGCCGCGCCACGUGCAGCUCAUCGGCGAGAUCAAUCUGCGCUGGUGCCAGGAACUGUCCCAGAGGUACGGUGACGGACCCAUGGUCACCAAUCUGAGCAUCUUCGAGGAGGGAGAGACGAAGAACAUCCGCAUGGGCAACCUUGCCAUCAUGGGGUCCAGCAAGGUCAACGGCGUGGCCGCCAUUCACACAGAGAUCAUUCUAGCGGAGACCUUCCCCGAGUACUACCGAUACUGCUGCGACACGGGGAACGAGAUCUUCACGAAGCACCUGGGUUCACAGAAGUGGCUCACCGACAUGACCCUUCUUAAGGAUAUCAUCAAGAAGAAAGACGACCCCGCGCUGCACAAGGAGUGGAUGGCGAUGAAGAAGGGUUGCAAGGAGAAGCUUGCCGUUUUCCUCAAGAAGCGGAUAGGCCUGGACAUGGACACCGACAUGUUGAUCGACAUCCAGAUCAAGCGCAUCCACGAGUACAAGCGCCAGCUCAUGAACAUCCUCUUCGUCAUUCACCGGUACCAGGCUCUCAAGAAGAUGUCUCCCGCUGAGCGCAGCGGCGUGCAGAAGCGCAUGGUUCUCAUCGGGGGCAAGGCGGCCUCGGCGUACCGCAACGCCAAGAUCAUCAUCAAGCUGAUCAACAAUGUGUCGAAGGUGAUCAACAACGAUCCUGACACGUCGCCGUUCUUGAAGUGCGCCUUCGUCCCGAACUACUGCGUGACCGCGGCGGAGGUCAUGGUCCCCGCCUCGGACAUCUCGGAGCACAUCUCCACGGCCGGCACUGAGGCCAGCGGCACCUCGAACAUGAAGUUCGUCAUGAACGGCGGCCUCAUCGUCGGCACCAUGGACGGCGCCAACAUCGAGAUCCGCGAGGAGGGCGGCGAGGACACCAUGUUCAUCUUCGGCGCACUGGAGCACGAGGUCCCCGCCAUCAGCGCCCGCGCCAAGGCGGGCGACUACCCCAUCGACCCCCGCCUGCACGCGGUGUUCGACGCCAUCAGGGGCGACCAGUUUUCGCAGGGCGAGCCAGACGCGCGCGGCGAGUUCUGCGAGAUCGUGGACAAGCUUUGCAACGUCCACGCUGCGGGCACCUGGGAGGGCGACAGGUACCUGGUGAUUCACGACUUCCCCUCGUUCGUGGACGCGCAGGCGCGCGUCGAUUCGGUGCGCGGUCGAUGCUUCAAUGCUCCAGGCGGCCGGCGUUCAGAUGAAGUGGCGGGCGAUAUCUUAGCACGGUCCACUGCGCUUGUCCACGCCGCCAUGCGGCGCUACCAGAAGGGAAACUACGGUAUUGAGGAUUGGCUCCGUUUCCCAUCCCUCCCAUGAGUCCUGUUGCUUUGUUUUGUCGACGGUUAUCUUCCAUAUUUGCCCGCAUUCGGUCGUUGAUUGGGUGCGGAUUAGCAGCUCGGAGCGCACAAAA